AUGGGCAAUAAAGGUCUUGUCGUGCCUUUCCUCGGCGCCCUACAAGCCUGCAUCUCGGUACUGCUCACCAUGUGCUACGGGGUAGCAGCGCGUCGACUCCGACUCAUCCACGAAGCAACCAUCAACGACAUGUCCGGACUAGGCGUGAAGCUCUUCCUCCCAGCCCUGAUCAUUGUCAAUCUUGGCCGGCAGCUGCAUCUGGACACAGCGCUAAACUACCUCCGGGUAUUGAUAUGGUCCGCACUACAUACCUGCGUCUCAAUCAUAGUAGCCCAUCUAGUCUCCCGCCUCUUUAAGCUUCCGCAGUGGGUGACGCCCACCUGCUCAUUUAACAACCCUAUAUCACACCAGCUAUUCCUUCUCGAAUCCCUCAAAAGCGUGGGUAGUCUACGAGUCAUCCUUCACGACGGAGAAAGCAUGUCCGAAGCCAUUGACCGCGCACAGAGCUACUUCCUUGUCUGUACCGUGAUCGCCAAGUCCACGGCGUAUGCCUUCGGACCGAAGAUGUUACACGAUAGCGUGGAUUCGAACAGUAAUCUCGGUGAUCCGGAGGAGCGCCAUCGCGCUGUCAGCAUUCCUGAAGAAGAUGAGCAGCUCACAGAGCGCACUUCUCUUCUACCGAGGCGUGUGCAAACCGCUAGAGUGGUGGCUGGUCGCCGCCUUCAGCACUGUAGUAAAUGGAUCGGCUCAUUCUUCCCGCACCGCGUCAAGCAGGAACUGAUGGCGCCGUUUGGCUCGCCCUUUGUCGACGUGGUUAUCGGGUGUACUCUCAUCGGCGCGGUGCUGGGUUUAGUUCCUGCUCUGCACCGGGCAUUUUUCUUCCCGGAGGAAGAAGGAGGGAUGUUCAGCGUGUGGCUGACCUCUAGCGUUCGUCAUCUCGGACAGCUAUUUACCACGCUGCAGAUCUUCAUGGUUGGGUGUAAGUUGGGCGUCAGUUUUGAGCAGAUGAUCGCAUCUGGCGACUCGGGCCGCACACCAGUCAAGGCCAUCGCGAUUGUUUUUCUACUGCAGUUGGUGCUCUGGCCGGCGAUGAGUAUCUCGCUGAUCUAUGGAUUAGCAAGCAGCACAACCAUGCUCGGCAAUGACCCUAUGGUCUGGUUCAGUAUGAUGCUCAUGCCGGUUGGCCCGCCGUCGCUGGUGAUCUUAGGGCUAGCGGAGCUGGCGAAGGCGUCGGAGCGCGAGAAAAUGGCGAUUGCCAAGACGCUGACGAUCAUGUAUGCACUCUCGCCGCUUGUGUGUUUUGCCAUCACCGGCGCCCUCACGGCGUCCGAGGCGGUGCUGGAGGCAAGAUCGAAGGCAUGA